UUGUGACAUUUACAAAAUAUGAAGUGGAUAUAUUGCGAUUUAGAAACUUAGUUUCAACCAAAAUCAAAUAAACUUUAUCUUAACUUUAAGUUUACUUUGUAAGAAAAUGUUUGGUUGUAUUAAAAUAGGUGUUUAAUUUCUUAAAAAUGGAUAUCAAUCAACUAGUUGACAAGAAUCAAGCUAUUAAAAUUGUUCCCUCAAUUGAAGAAUCUCUAAACAAUAUAGGUCUGAACACAGACAUUGACGAAAGAACUUUAAUUUGGCUAAACCAACUGAAAUUAAAAUGGAAAACUUGGAAGAAAAGUCCUGCAACAGAUCAUCAUUUUGAUAUAUUUUUUCAGUUUACACCAGAUCCAUAUAGAGUUGCUUUAGUAUGCAUAAUUAAAUGUGAAGAGUUCAAAGAUAGUAAGCCAAGAACUUUGCCCUAUUAUAUACUAGAGACUUUGAGCAAGUGGUCACAGUCAAGUGGACUAUUGCCAGAAGAAACAUUAAAACUUCCAGCUUUUCAAAUUGCUAUACAACAAAGAAAUAUACUUUUUCUCAAUUUACUAAUAAAGACUUACCAAUUAUUUACAAUUAAAGAAACAAUUUUACCUGUUGUUAAGAAUAUGUUAAAAAAUGAUAAUUGCAAACAAGCUUCCCAAAUUGUAGUAGCUAUGGAAUUAUUUGAUGAAAUACCAGUUGAAGACCUACUUUUCCCUUUGAUUUUGCAAGACAAAGCUAACAUGAUUGAUGAAUAUUUGUCCGAGUGUCCCAAUCAAGUGAGACCUCUAUUAUUAUUUUUAGAUAAUAUGUUAGAUAAAAAAUUUAAUAUAAGAGAUUUCACACAGAAGUAUAUUGAUGAAAACAAAGUUUGCAAUGUUAAGUAUGAAAAAAUCCAUUACAAACCACUUGGCAAGUUGGUCGCUCGAUUGUGCAACAAAUUUAACAUUCCCAUAGAAACAUGUGAAAAUCUUAGUAAAAAUAGAACAAGGGGAGGCCUGAGAUAUUUAAUACAUCAAAAAUAUGUGCAACACAAUGUAAGUUCAUCUGUAUGGGAUGAUUUGGUAAAAGAUUCUCUUAGAAACAACACAGAAUGUGUCUAUGAGUUUAUUGAUAUGCUAAUAGAAUAUGAUACAAAGGAAGCUCUUAAGUGGGCCACAUAUUUUGAGAUGCCUGAAAUUAGUCUCCCAUUAGCUUUAAGAAAUGUUUCAAUAGAACAAGUGCCUGCUGAAGAAGAGAAUUGGGAAAAGCUUGAUAAUGUAACUCAGAAAUAUUUUAAAUUACCUCUUCCUGAAAGCAGUAUAAAAAUAAUUGAUACAUGUGAAACAUUUUACGACCUUGUAUCUAAUUUAAAAAAUUGUACUAUAGUAAGUAUUGACUGUGAGUGGAAACCAUCAUUCGGAGCAACACAAUCACAAGUUGCUCUAAUCCAAAUAGCAUCUCACGAUUGUAUUUACUUGAUUGAUACAUUAGUUUUAAAUAACAAGCAAUAUUCAAGUUUUUGGUAUAGAUUUAAUAAAUCUCUGUUAGAUAAUGCAGAAAUAAUUAAAUUGGGAUUUGGACUUGAACAAGAUUUAAAAGAAAUAAAGUCUUCAAUUAGUGGUUUAAGCAAUAUUAAAGUUAAAGGUGAAGGAUUAUUAGAUUUAGGACUGUUAUGGAAAAGACUUAUUAAUUUUGGACUUUCAUUACCUAGUGAUAGUGAUAGUGGAGGCAACAGUUUAAGCUCUUUAGUACAGGCUUGUUUCGGACUUCCAUUAGAAAAGGCAGAACAGUGCUCCAACUGGGAAUUAAGGCCAUUAAGAACUACUCAAUUGCAUUAUGCUGCUCUUGAUGCGUUUGUACUUCUAGAAAUCUAUUAUUAUCUGCAAAAGUUAUGUAUCGAACAAAAAAUUAAUUUUGAUGACAUUUGUAAUGAUGUUAUGUUGGAGAGAAAAUUAAAAAGUGUAAAGAAGAUUACAGUGGCAGACAGAUUACAGGCAUGUACAUUGGAUUUUAAACCAAAAUCAAGCAAAGAUGUAAAAAUAAUUGUUGAACAUGAAUUAUCUCAUUUAUUAGCAUAUUUCAGAUAUUGUGGCAUUGAUACAAUUGUUGUAUCUUCAUCAAAGCUAUGGCAUGAUACAGUUAAUUUAGCCAUACUGGAAAAUCGUUUUAUUUUAACAGCUAAAUUAAAAUGUUCACCCACAGCUCGUUUUGCCCAAAAUUUAAUAUUAGAUUUAAGUCAGGGUAAUAUUAAAGAUCAAGUGCAAAACACAUUUUCUAAUUAUAAUAUAGUUGUUACACGAAGUGACCUUUUAAGCAGAUGUUUACAUUGUAAUUUUACUGAUUUAAAAAAACUGACUUCCGAUGAAGUUAUUGAUAUUUGUAAUUUGUAUAACAUGCCAAGUAAUACCAAUACAAUUAACAAAAGGUAUGCAAGCGAUAAUGAAGAAGAAGACCCAUAUAAUGAUAAUUUUCUCAGUGAUUCCGAUGGAGAUGAUAUAUAUUUAUGCCAACCUGUAACAUCUCAAAAUAAAUCUUGUGUGACAAGUAUGGGUGCUUUGAUUGAUAUAAGCAAUGUACAGAAAUUAUCAACAUCUUCCAAAACAGCUUGUCUUUGUGAAAGCUGUGGUAAGUUGUUUUGGGAUGAAGAUCCUUUGAUAAUAUCUGUACAUGAACUAAUUUCAUCUAUAAUACAAUUCAGUGAUUAAAAAUGCGUAAAGUUAAAAGUACAAAAGAUAGCAAUAAAGUUGGUUAAUGCAUAAUUAA